CCCCCCUCCCCCAAGAUCACUCUUUUCCAUCGGGGUCCCUUUUCUACUUGUUUGUCUGAUUCUCGUUUGAAUUAGCGUCCUUCACCAUGGCCGAUCAGACCCCCGAAUCCUGGGAGGACGAGCUCUCCAGACAGACGGAGGGCGUCCGUCUCAACCCCAACGCACAAUCCCGCCCCCAGCCUCAGGCACCCUCAUUCCGGCCCGGUGUGGCCUCUUUCACCCCCGGUGCCGCUUCCUUCGUGCCCGGACAGGCCUUCCAGUACGGCGGUGGCUACCCCCAGUAUGGCCAGCAGGCCUACGGUGGAUACCCCGCCUACGACCAGCAGCAACAGCAGCAGCAGGCCUACGGCCAAUACGGCGCAUAUGCUCAGCAACCCGGUGGUUACUACAACAACCAGCAGCAGCAGCAGUACGGUGGAUACCAGCAACAGCAGCAAUUCGCUCAGCAGCCCCGUCAAGCAGCCCCCGCUGCUGCCCAGCAGCCCAAGCCUGCUGAGCCCGCGAAGCCCGCCGCCCCCGCUGCGGCUCCCCCCAAGGCCAAGGUCCUGACCAUCGGCGGCGCCAGCAACUCCCCUGCCGCCCCCAAGACCAAGGUCCUGACCAUCGGCACCCCCUCUCCCGCCCCCUCGAACACCCCGUCUUCCGCUUCGGGCACGGCCACUCCCGGAGACAGCAAGGGUCCUGCGGCUGCCGAGGCCGCCGCUAAGGUGACGGCCUCCAAGGCCAUCGACAAGACCGAGAAGAAGGCGGAUCAGAAGGCUGCCGCCAGCGGCAAGUCGUCUCCCACCCCCUCCGGUCGGUCCAGCCCUGGACGGUCGAGCCCGGCCCGCGGUGAAGCUGCCAAGGCCGCUCGCCACGCCGACGCCGUCGCGCAGGAGCAGCAGGCCGAUGUGGAUGAUGCUACACUGAAGGAAAUCUACGGUGAGAGGAAGGAGCACGUCAACAUUGUGUUCAUCGGUCACGUCGAUGCUGGAAAGUCCACCCUGGGAGGAUCGAUCCUCUACGUGACGGGCAUGGUGGAUGAGCGUACUCUGGACAAGUACAAGAGGGAUGCCAAGGAGGCCGGUCGUGAGACCUGGUACCUUUCAUGGGCCCUGGAUCUGACCAACGAGGAGCGUGCCAAGGGUAAGACUGUCGAGGUCGGCCGUGCCCACUUCCAGCUCACUGUCCCCUCGCCCGAUGGUCCUAUCACGAGACAUUUCUCCAUUCUGGAUGCUCCCGGCCACAAGUCUUACGUCCACCACAUGAUUGGUGGUGCUACCCAGGCUGAUGUCGGUGUUCUCGUUAUCUCCGCGCGCAAGGGUGAGUACGAGACUGGGUUCGAGAAGGGUGGUCAGACUCGUGAGCACGCUUUGCUGGCGAGGAACAGCGGCGUCAAGACUCUGAUCGUCGCUGUCAACAAGAUGGAUGACCCCACCGUGGAGUGGGCCAAGUCUCGUUUCGACGAAUGUACCAUCAAGGUCUCCAAGUACCUGGAGGCUCUUGGCUACAAGAAGGCUGACCUCCACUUCAUGCCCAUCUCCGCCCAGCGGACCAUGGGUGUCAAGGACCGCGUCCCUACCGAGCUUGCGCCUUGGUACAACGGCCCCUCCCUCUUGGAGUACCUCACCGACAUGAAGCUUCCCGAGCGUAAGAUCAACGCGCCUUUCAUGAUGCCCCUCAGCUCGAAGUACCGCGAUAUGGGUACCAUGGUCGAGGGUCGCGUUGAGUCUGGUGUGAUCAAGAAGAACGGCAACUGCAUCAUCAUGCCCAACCGCACGAAGGUCGAAAUCGCCGCCCUGUACGGUGAGACCGAGGACGAGAUUGCCACCGCCACCUGCGGUGACCAGGUCCGCAUGCGUCUCCGUGGUGUGGAAGAAGAGGAUCUUCUUCCCGGAUUCGUGCUCUGCUCCCCCAAGCGUCUCGUGAACUGCGUUUCUGCGUUCGAGGCCAAGAUCAAGAUUCUUGAUCUGAAGAGCAUUCUCACCGCGGGUUACAACUGCGUGAUGCACGUGCACUCCGCCGUCGAGGAGAUCACCUUCGCCGCGCUGUUGCACAAGUGUGAGCCUGGUACUGGACGCAAGAGCAAGCGCCCGCCUCCGUUCGCCAGCAAGGGACAGACCAUCAUUGCCCGUCUCGAGGUGACGAGCACGGCCGGCGCUGUCUGUGUUGAGCGUUUCGAGGACUACAACCAGAUGGGACGGUUCACCCUCCGUGAUUCGGGACAAACCAUUGCCAUUGGUAUGAUUACCAAGCUCAUCAGUCCUGAAAACGACCAGUAAACGUGUAAAUGUGCGAUCGCUCUGCAAUAUACAUACCAGUUCCGCUACUAUGGCCUGGGCCACGGUCGAGCUGUGCGACUGUAGACAGAGAAGGUGGGAGGUGUGGGAGGAGAUGGGAGGUGGCUCGGCGAUGAUAUCCUUACUUGGUUGAUGAUGAUGAAUUUUGAUGUUUUAUAGAACCGCAUUUCCUUGCUCCGUUGGCCUUCAAUAAAAAUUCCUUUGCUC